ACGAGCUCGGAACAUUUUUACAGAAAAAAAAAGAUAGUCGACAUGAAUAUAGAAGGGAAUAACUCAUCGGAUUGCGAAAGCGACGCUGAUUAUUGUGUUGAUGGCGUGACUUCAGACACCGGUUGCAACAAUAAUUUUAAUGGAGGGGCGAAGAAAAAAAUUGACAUCAAAUCAAAAAAGGAUUCCGUUCGCGUUUUGCGAAUUACGCGACAGUCUGUAUCCGCUGAAAGCGACCACAACAAUACAGACAGGGACGAGCUGCAUUCUGACGAGGAAGCUGAAAAAUCACGAUCGGAUGCUCUGUGGGCCGAUUUUCUUAACGAUGUUGAGGGCGAGAGUAAACUUAAACAAAGAACAGAUCAUCAGGGAGGAAAUGCCGACAAUAUCAACAGCAAACCGGAGAAUAAAAAACGUUCAAGGCUCGGGACAUUAAAACGACCGGUAAAUGAAGAUAAAACCGGCUCUCUUUUCAAUAAAGUAGAAAAGAAAAAAAAAACCUCAGUGCUGGAAAAAUCUCAAAUGGAUUGGAAAAACUUCAAAAGCGACGAAGGCAUAGACGAACAGCUGAGAACCCAUAACAAGGGCAAAUACGGAUAUUUUGAGCGUCAAGAGUUUUUGCAGAGAACCGAUCUCAGACAGUUUGAAAUUGAGAAAAACUUACGACAAUCUCGCAGGUCAAAUUGAGGCACAAAUUUUCCUAUAAAUGAACGUAAUUGGAGUUUUCUUACAUACUCAUUCCUUUUAUGGUAUAACUAAUGUUAUUAAUAAAAAAUUUAAUAAUAAAACUAUGCAGCAUCAAAAAUGUA